GACUCGCAUCACGACGAGCUGUUUACAUCCGCUCCGCCGCUGCUGACGUAGUGCGAAGGGGGCGUUCGGUGCGCUCGUAAGAAAUACUCCGCGAGGCUGCUGAUGCGUUAAAAAGGCGAAGCAGCCCUCGCAAGAUCGGCUGUUGCCCCAGAUUGAUGGACAAGAAUGGCCCGAAUCUCAAUGGACUGCGUGACCUCUCUACCGGGGAUCCCCCUCAGUGUGCUGUCAGUGCCCAUGGAGAAUAAAUACAAAUGUCAGCAGUGUCUCCAGGUCCUGAGGAAGCCUGUCCAGGCUCAGUGUGGCCACCGCUUCUGUGUACACUGCUUCAGGCAGCUCACCAGUUCUGGGCCAAAGCCUUGUGAAGCCUGCCGCCAAGAGGAAAUAUACGAGGAGCCAAUCUCCAUCCUGAACAGUAAUGAGGCUUUUCCAGACAAUGCAGCAGGUCGAGAAAUUGCAAGUCUGCCGGCCAGGUGUUUGAACCAGGGCUGCAGCUGGACAGGAUCAAUAAAGGAGUAUGAGGCGCAGCAUGAAGGCUGCUGUGAAUUUGAGCGGGUGCAGUGCGACGCCUGCCAGGCCUCGAUCCUGCGGUCGGACAAGUGCAGACACAGCGAGAGAGAAUGUGAGGCAAGAACGCUCAACUGCAAAUACUGCAAGAUGUCAUUCAACUUUAAAGAAAUUAAGGCCCACGAUGAAAUCUGCUUGAAGUUUCCCUUACAAUGCAAAGACUGCGGCAAGAAGAAGAUCCCGAGAGAAAAGUUCAGCGAUCACAGCCGGAUCUGCGCCAAGUCAAAGAGUGCCUGUCCGUUCAGCGAAGUGGGCUGCAAGUUUGUGGUGGACAAUGGGAAGCUCGCAGACCAUGAGCACAGCAGCACCAUGGAGCACUUGCGUCUGCUGCUGCCCAUGGUCCAGUCCAUGCCUCGGGCACGUGCAGAGGCCCUUGGUCCCGGGGAUUGGCAGGAGGACUCUGGUCUGGGCCUGUACAGGGCUCCUGAGGAGGGAGUCCCUGUGGGCGCUGGAGCCUCGGCCUCCACGCCGCCCGUAGGCCUGGAAAAAAAGGUGAACGCUUUAGAAAACAUAGUGUGUGUCCUGAACCGGGAAGUGGAGCGCAGCUCGGUUACAUUGGAAGCCUUUGCACAUCAGCAUCGUUUGGACCAAGAAAAGAUUGAAAACAUGUCUAACAAAGUGCGACAGCUGGAGAGAACGCUGACUAUGAGAGACCUGCAGCUGUCGGAGACCGAACAGCUGAUGAGGGAACUCCAGUUCUGCACCUUUGACGGGAUAUUCGUGUGGAAAAUCUCAGAGUUCUCGCGCCGCAGACAGGAUGCCGUGGCUGGACGAACUCCUGCGAUGUUCUCACCUGCGUUUUACUCCAGCAAAUACGGCUACAAAAUGUGUCUGCGGCUGUAUCUGAAUGGCGACGGGACGGGUCGGGGAACACACCUUUCGCUGUUCUUCGUCGUCAUGAGGGGCCGGUGCGACGCUCUGCUGAAGUGGCCGUUCAGUCAGAAGGUGACUCUAAUGCUCUUGGAUCAAAAUAACCGGGAGCACAUUAUCGACGCCUUCCGGCCAGACGUCACAUCCACGUCCUUCCAGCGGCCAAUCAGUGAGAUGAACAUCGCCAGUGGGUGCCCGCUGUUCUGUCCACUGGCUAAACUGGCUGGAAAGAGCCCCUAUCUGAGAGAUGACACCAUUUUCAUCAAAGCCAUCGUAGACCUCACAGGCUUAUAGAGUGUAGACUGUGGAAGUUGCACUGAAGUUUCCUGAAAAAAUCUCUAAUAAAUAAUAAUAAAUACUGAUAAUAUAUAUAUAAACAUAAUAUUAUUUUAUAGUAAUAUUAGCUAUAUCUUCAAUAUGAUAUCAUACAUACACUAUACAUUAAUAAUAUAAUUUAUGGUUCUGGGAGAGGGUCACUUUAUGGUGGAGGCUAAAUAACCAACCCAUCAUGGUGGUAGUUCUGUUAAAUGAUUAUUAGUUUAUUUGUGUAUUUCAGUGUAACGCUGUCAGCAGGCUUUAAGAGGAAGCGCUGAAGAGCUAAAUAGUUGUUUCAUGAUGAAAAUAGGCCUGCAACCAUCUGUCAUGAAUGUGACUCUUGGCAUUUUGAUGAAACCUUAUAGUUUAUAACUUAUAAACCAAAUAUUAUAAAAUAUUAUAUAUAAUUAAACUUUUUUAUAUAUAUAUUGCUUUUCUAGUCUUAUCGACAACUCAAAGCGCUUUUACAGUACAAGUCACGUUAACCCAUUCACACACAUUCAUACAGCGCUGCUAUUUUCUGCGCUUUCUCCGUCACAUUCAUACACUGAGCCAUCAGAGGCAAAGUAGGGUUCAUGACUCGUUUAAGGACUGGGAGAAGCCGGGAUCGAACUACUGGCCUUCUGGUUAGUGGAUGACCAUCUCUACCUCCUGAGCCACAGCCGCCCCUCCUAAGAAAGAAGUAAACAAGCAAAACAAGGAAAGAAUAUAGGUCUGUGUUUUCACUUCACCUGUAGAACGCCCCCCCCCCCUUUUAUCUAUUGCAUAUAACAGUAGUUUACAAUAAAUAAAUAAACACUUAAUACAUUGUCUAUCCAUUUUAACUCAGCUGUAUUAGUACCCAUAAAUUUUGAUAACUAACUAUAUUAUUAUAUAUAUUAUAUUCACUAGUAUAUUCUAUACUAUAUAUGAUUUUCCUUUGUACUAUUAAUGCCUUGGUGUUAAACAUGUUUAUUGAUCAUCCUACAUUUUGUGUUAAGAAAUUAAUUCCAAACAUGAAAUUGAAAUUUGUGGAAUUGUAUGUAAAUUACAUAAACUGUACAUUAAAGUACACCUCUCCAAUGGGUGGGAA